AUGUCCGACCCGACACCAACGGAUUCAAACAAGGAAUCUACUGCCAAAAAGCGCUCUCCAUCUGACUUUUUGAAGUCUGUCUUGGGAAGACCAGUCCGAGUAAAGCUGAACUCAGGGAUUGAGUACCGAGGAGUACUGGCUUGUUUGGAUGGUUAUUUGAAUAUUGCAAUGGAACAGACGGAAGAAUUUGGUCUUGAUGGCCAAUUAAAGGCAAAGUAUGGGGACUGUUUCAUUCGAGGCAACAACGUGUUGUACAUUUCAGCUCAAAAACGAAAAGGCGGGAGCUAG